AUGUUGAGGGCGAAACGUGGGGGCACAUCUGUGAUCACACCAACCAGUGAUCACACCAACCAUAUAAUGAGUUGUGGAAGGUCCUUCUUGCUGAUGGAUCGUCCCAAACUACUCUUUUCUUCUUCUUGUUCUCACAAUAUCAAUCCACAUCAGAAAAACCAACUCUCACAACCAUCUCCCACCGACGAAACAAACAUACCAGUAGGCACGAUGUCCUCCAAGCCCGACCCUCAGUGGAUCCGCUUUGGUAAGGGUUCUGGGUCGAACCACCACCCUGGCAACAAACGCUAUGUUGCACUCAUCCGAGACAAUCAAAUCCCAUAUCUGCUGCUCCGUACCAACGACGACAAGAACCUUUUCAUCAAACGCAUCCAGACGCAGCUCUGCGAGGCCGAACAACGAAAGUUUGUUGAGAAGAACCACCGUGGCAUCUGGGAAGAGGCUUCCUAUCAGAGAAUUCGUGAAAAGAUUCGUACAGCACUCUGUGAUUCCAAGCUCAAGAAUGCUCUCAAGAUUGAUGGCGUGUACUGGCCCAAAGAUGACGAGGAGGUGGGGGUGGUGGAGGAUGUGGGUGCACAUGGCGUAGAGGAGCUUAUUCAAAGCUUUGAUUUCUAUGAAUCGUUUGGCAAGGAAGCAGCCAGAAUCGAGGGAACUCAGUUCAUUCCCUUGUUUGUAGAGGAAGGGGAGAGUGAUGAUGACGACAGCAUCUUGGGCGGGGGUAGCACAGGGCCGGCUAUUAUGACGAAGGGGAGCGAGGAAAUGCCAAAGAAGAAGCGAGCCGUCACACCCGAACACAACAAUCCACGCAAACGUUGCCGCAUGUGCCGUCUUCCUCUCAACGAAUGCCAUUAA